AAAGGGAGGGGGGGAGACAGGGAGGGAAAGAAAAAGGAAGCUCUCGGAUAAGUUUUUGUGUAUAUUCCUCCAAAGAUACACAAACUUUCACAAGCCGAAGGUAUGAAUUGAGGCCUCGUCGGGAUCAACACGCCGAAGAGCACAGCGGAAACCAGUCUGGCUGUAGUUGUGCACAGCUGAUGACAACAUCAAAUAUUAACACUGUCUAAGGCCUUGGGCCUCGAGUGCCUACAGAUAGACCCGUUACAGAGACAAAGAGAGACAAUGUCCUCUGACUUGGACUCCAGUCUCACUAGUAUUGACUGGCUCCCUCAGCUGGGAAUCAGCAGCCUGCGCUCGGGGAAAGAGAGAGGAGGAGGAGGGGAGAGGGAGAAGAAGAAAGACAGAGGGAGGGAGAGAGGAGACUUCCUACCCUCGGUGCAGGACCCCUCCCCUUCUAACUGUAAAGGGAAACCCCCUCACAGCUACGCCACUCUCAUCGCCAUGGCAAUAGCAGCUGCACCUGAGAGGAAGUUGAGUUUGAAUGACAUCUACACCUGGAUCAGUGAAACUUUCCCUUACUACUGCCGAGCAGGUCGUGGAUGGAAGAACUCCAUCCGGCACAAUCUGUCUCUAAAUAAAUGCUUCAGGAAAGUUCCUCGGCCGCAGAACGACCCCGGCAAGGGUUCCUAUUGGACGAUGGAUGGACCUGCAGAGGUGAAUCAAGUGAGGGCCCCUAAGCGUCCCUAUCCGGAGGAGGAAGAGGAGAGGCUGGAUGUUCCCGAAGUACCAGGGACACAGGCUGAUAGAAGACCGUCCCCUCAUUACCCACGACCGACCUCCCACUCCGACCACCAGCUUCCAAACACUGCGCCACUGGGAGCCAUGGAGCAACAAUCACCCCAGUCUGUGUCCCUCUCUCCUCCCCCACACAAGCAACCGUCACCCUACAUGCCGAGCCGCAUCUCUAGCCUCCCCAUCGCUCAUCCAUCUGUCUCUCCUUCAGCUGGGCUCGCACCUCCUGCCCCCAGACCCUCCAUUAAUCCUUUCCCACCUCCCCAUCCACCUGGCCCCACUGCCUCUACUACACCUCUGUCUUCAGCCACUCUGUCCUUUCCUGCUCAUUCAGGACCCGCAUCUGUUUCCACUUUCUCCUGCGCUCCCAACAUGACCCCUCUGCCCGUUUGCACUGUGUCGGGCCCCUCUCACUCCUCUGCCUCUGCUGCCCCUUCAUCUGUUGCCACCGGCCCCGCUGCGGUCUCAUUCAACAACUCCGCCGAUCCACCGCUGCGAUUCACCUUCGAUGAGCUGAACUUACCGGACUUGUAUGCAUCUUUCAAGUCUCUCGUCAAGACGAUGCGCGAGAGGGGAGGCUCACAGUCGGAUGUGUCUCCCCUGGCUCUGCCAAACAAUGACACUACCCCACUCCACACUCCAACUCUGCUGCCAAUGUCUCCUCACCCUGCACCACCUCCACCAGCCGCACACCCUCCGUCACAAUACACGGUGCCACCUGACUGGUUCAGUAACCCAGAUUCUCUGAAGGAGAGCUUCCGCAUUGCCAGCAAUCUAGACUGGGCAAACAUAGACCUCUCCGGUCACCCAGACCUCCUGGAGAGCAUGCGGCAGGCAGAGCUCUGCGACUGGGCCCUGGACCCGGCGCUGUUCACCUCCCUCUGUGACUCUCUGAACCGCUUCUUCACCCAGAAAGGCAUGAUCACCUCCGGGAGUAACUCCCCUCUUGCCCUUGGUGCACCUCACUCCUUGCAAGCCUUACCGUUCACCUCCAAUCCACCCCCAACCCUUGCCAGCCUCACUCACCCCUCACCACUCCCGUACUCUCCCACAGUUCCCCCCGCCAACGGAGCACAGCCGCCCCGGAGGGCUCUGCACAUGCAGGGACCAGGUCUUCACAGACCACAGCUGACGCAGCCUGCGAGCACAACCGCUGGGAUGCAGUCUCAGCCUGCAGCACCCCGACAGCGUACUCCAUUAAAGAAUCUGCACAGCAACAGUGAGGAGAUCCAGGAUGACUUUGACUGGGAUUCCCUGCUCAUUUGACUCCUUACCGUCUGUGAGGAGAAACAAUCAAAACAGAACUUUUUUCAGAGAAAUGUGACUCUUUACAGCCAUGUACGCUAAACUCUACGCAGAGGUUUGCCUCGCUGGCGUGCAUCUGGACGUCCCCCUCUUAGAGCAACUCUGGGAUCAUGCUAUGACACACGUGACUGAAUGCUGUAAUUCAAAACGGAAAUAGUUAUGAGGUUUUUUGUAUACAAUUUCAUUUCUUUUAGCUUAUCUUCUGCAGGUAAUUGUCAGGGUGUCGUUUUCUAAUGGACUGCAGUUUUGUAAACCUGUUCACCAAAGAAAAUAAAGUGUAAACUUAU